CUGUCACCCAGGCUGGCAUGCAGUGACACAAUCUUGGCUCACUUCAGCCUCGACCUCCUGGGCUCAGUAUGCCCAGCUAGUGUUGUAUACUUCUUGUACAGGGUUUCUCUUGAACUCCUAGGCUUAAGUAAUCUAUCUGUCUUGGCCUCCCAAAGUGUUGGGAUUACAGGCUGCUAGCGCCUCAUGGGUAGAGACUGGGGAUACUGCCAAGCAGUCUACAACAUGCAAAAUAGCUCCCACAACAAAGAAUUAUUUGGUCCAAAAUGUCAAUAGUUCCAAGGUUAAGAAACCCUGUUUCAGAGGCAUCAGUUAUAAGCAUAUUAGUUGAUAAUAUUUGAAGAUAUAUAGUGCACACAGGAUUUACUGCAGAAACCAAAACUAAUCCUUACCAUGAUUUGAUUUUAAAAUAUACGUUUUUCUAGAUAAAUCCAAUGCGAUGUUCCCUUCUUGCAACUUCAGCCAUACAUUAGCUAAUUUAUGAAGGAAUUUCUGUAGAAACAACUCCAAACCCGUUUCCUCCUGCCCUAGCAGGAAAAGGUCCUAGCCAUUGGUUACAGAUGAUAACUGUCUCUGCUAAGGCCUUUACAACCUAGAUCUCGCAAUGAGAAGGCAAGCCCAAACCCAAGGGCAAAAGCAAUGAUCACAUGCUUCUAACUCCCGACAGUCAAGUUUUAAAUAAAAUCACUAAUGGAUCCUACGUUUUGUUUUUUGGUUUGUUGGUACUUGGAAAAAUGUCAGUGAAACAGGUUUUUCUGGCAGAGGAACACUGAUUUUUUUCCCCCUCUCUUUAAUGGUCAAUACUAAUAUAACUGACUUUUUAGCCUUAGAAAACAGUCUCCUGGUCUAAGGUGCUUGAGUGGGCCGAUCCAGCUAUUAUCAAGAACCUUUGAGAACAAAAUUCUCAAGCACUUCUGAGUCAAAUAGGUGAAACCUCGGCUGGCCUGACCUUAUCAUGGAGCCUGACGACUUUGAUUCUGAAGACAAAGAAAUAUUAAGCUGGGAUAUUAAUGAUGUGAAACUUCCACAGAAUGUGAAAAAGACAGACUGGUUUCAGGAGUGGCCAGAUUCCUAUGCCAAACACAUCUACAGCUCGGAGGACAAGAAUGCGCAGCGGCACCUGAGCAGCUGGGCCAUGCGCAACACCAACAACCACAACUCCCGCAUCCUCAAGAAGUCCUGCCUUGGUGUGGUGGUGUGUGGCCGCGACUGCCUUGCAGAGGAGGGGCGCAAGAUCUACCUGAGACCUGCCAUCUGUGACAAGGCCCGGCAGAAGCAGCAGAGGAAACGCUGUCCCAACUGUGACGGGCCUCUGAAGCUCAUCCCGUGCCGAGGUCAUGGGGGCUUCCCGGUCACCAACUUCUGGAGACACGAUGGACGCUUUAUAUUUUUCCAGUCAAAGGGAGAGCAUGAUCAUCCAAAACCAGAAACCAAGUUGGAAGCCGAGGCAAGAAGAGCCAUGAAGAAAGUGCACACAACACCUUCCUCCGUUUCCUUGAGCCUGAAGGGGAGCUCAGAGACCAGGUCUCUUCCAGGUGAAACACAAAGUCAGGGGAGUUUACCUUUGACUUGGUCUUUCCAGGAAGGUGUCCAAUUGCCUGGUAGUUACAGUGGACAUUUAAUAGCUAACACUCCUCAACAGAACUCACUAAAUGAUUGCUUUUCCUUCUCCAAGAGUUAUGGUCUGGGAGGAAUCACAGAUCUGACUGACCAGACUUCCCCUGUGGACCCCACGAAGCUCUACGAAAAGCGCAAAUUGUCCAGUAGCAGAACCUACAGUAGUGGAGACCUGCUUCCGCCUUCUGCCUCUGGAGUCUACUCUGAUCAUGGCGAUCUGCAAACGUGGAGUAAAAACGCUGCUUUGGGGAGAAAUCCUCUUAAUGACAACUGUUAUUCCAAUUAUCCUUUUUCUCUGACCAGCUGGUCUUGCAACUUCUCUUCUUCCCAAAACUCUUCAGAACCCUUUUACCAGCAGAUUCCACUGGAGCCAUCUGCAGCCAAAACUGGCUGUCCCCCAUUAUGGCCAAAUCCAGGGGGUAAUCUUUAUGAAGAGAAGGUACAUGUGGAUUUUAACAGCUACGUCCAGUCCCCUGCAUACCAUUCACCUCAGGAAGACCCCUUUCUCUUCACCUACACCUCUCAUCCUCACCAGCAAUAUUCACUGCCAAGCAAGAGCAGCAAAUGGGAUUUUGAGGAAGAAAUGACAUACUUGGGUUUGGAUCACUGCAGCAAUGAGAUGCUUCUGAACCUGUGUCCUUUAAGAUGACUCAACUCUUCCAUUAGGUGCGCCCUCAGCCCUCAAAAAUGGGGAAGGGCUGAAAGAAUUUCCUUAGGAAAUAAUUUUUAAAACAUAACCACAGAUAAAUGAGAAUCAUGAU